UUAUCUUCAGUUUUUACUAGACAAGUCCCCUUUUCUGCAAAAGGAAAAAAACAAGAAGCAUACUUGCUCUUUCGUUCUUUUUCAGCCUCGGAGGCCAGGUCUGAGACUAAGGUGUCACCUCCAGAGCAGCCUGUUUGUGAAGGACAAGCGACCCGGUGGGCGAGACCAGAAAGCCUUCCGAGUUACGGUCUCGAGUGCUCGAGUCUCCCAGUUGACUGGGAGUGCGGAAGCCAGUUUGACGGACAGCGGGAGGAUCCAGAUGAACGUCUGAGUCACGUGAUCGUCCGUCCUGAAGAAAUGCCCCCUCUCAGCCCGCAGGCAUCCCUUACUUUCUGUGGGAAAGUCCAUCCAGGGGACGAGCCCUAUGACUAUGGCGAAUGUAGGGAAGCCUUCUGGCCAGAGGACUUCCUCAUUCGCCGCCAGGGAAUCCACACCAGCGAGAAACCCUAUCAAUGUAAGGAGUGUGGGAAGGCCUUCAAGUACGGCUCUCGCCUGGUUCAGCACGAGAACAUUCAUUCUGGCAAGAAACCCUACGAGUGCAAGGAGUGUGGGAAGGCCUUCAACUCGGGUUCAAACUUCAUUCAGCACCAGCGGGUCCACACCGGCGAGAAGCCUUACGCGUGUCAGGACUGCGCCAGGGCCUUCGGCCGGAGCUCCCAGCUGAUCGAACAUCAGCGCAUUCAUACCGGCGAGAAGCCCUAUCAGUGCAAAGAGUGUGGGAAGGCCUUCAAUCGGAUCUCCCAUCUGAAAGUCCAUGGUAGGAUUCACACGGGGGAGAAGCCCUACGCCUGCAAGGAAUGCGGGAAGACCUUCAGCCACCGGUCCCAGCUGAUCCAACACCAGACUCUUCACACUGGCAAGAAGCUCUAUGAAUGUAAGGACUGCGGGAAGGCCUUCAAUCAGGGCUCCACGCUCAUCCGGCAUCAGAGAAUCCACACGGGUGAGAAGCCCUACGAAUGUCAGGCCUGCGGGAAGGCGUUCCGGGUGAGCUCACAGCUGAAGCAACACCAGAGAAUCCACACGGGAGAGAAACCCUACCCGUGCAAGGCGUGCGGGAGGGCUUUCAAGCGGGUCUCGCACCUCGCCGUGCAUUACAGGAUCCACACGGGGGAGAAACCCUACGUGUGCCAGGCCUGUGGGAAGGCCUUCAGCCACGGCUCCCAGCUGACUCAGCAUCAGGUUGUUCACACCGAGGAGAAGCCCUAUGACUGUAAGGAAGGGGGGAGGACUUUCGAUCGUGGUCCUGCUACUCUUCGACGUCGGAGAAGGCAAAGUAGAGAAACACAGGUGAAUGUGAUAAACAUAGAAAAGCCUUCCAUCAGCACUUACCCCCUGUUGAUCAUCAGAGAACUUAUGUUAGCAAGCAACCAUAGGAAUGGAAGUGAUGGGGAGAGCCCAUUGGCUUAGGC